CUUGACAGCGUCAAAGAACUGCGGAAGGCCAAUUACGUGAUUGAAAGACUAUAAUAUGGGGUCUUCCUCAAAGAAGAAGGACAAGGACAGGGAAAAGAGUAAAGAGGACAGAAGGGAGAAGAAAAGGAAGAGGCGCUCUAGGUCUGGAUCUCGCGAAAAGGACCGAGAAAAUAGACAUCAUCACAGGCACCAUCACAAACAUAAAAAGCAGAGAAGUAAGAAAAGGGAAGACAGAUCUCGCUCACGUAGUCCCAGUCUCAGUGAGGAUAGUCUUUCAGAAGUAGAAGAGCUGCUCCAAAUAAAAGAUGACCCAACAUACCAGUUUCCUCAAUCUUCAAAACUUGGGAAGCAGUCUCCCUCUCCACCUCCAAGUCAGCCGCAGUUGCAGCCUGUGGGAGUGGAUUUUUUUCCAAUUGGUGGUUCAGUUGGAUUUGAAAAAGAAGGUGCAGGAGAAGUAUCUCUAUCCAUUGAAGAAACAAAUAAGAUAAGAGCAAAGUUAGGCUUGAAGCCAUUAAAGGUUGAUAAUGUUCCAAAGAAGGAAGACGAAUCCAAUGAAGUAAAUGAAGAAGAUGAAGACAUGAAAGAUACUGACGGGAAGAAAGUCACUGUUGCUGGAGAGCAGUUUGUACAUAAGCCUGCAGAAAAUUUAGCCCAGAAACUGCAGGUUGAGAAGCUAAGGGAAAAGAUCGCUGCUCAGAGAGAAAAACGUCGUAUAAAGGAGAAACUGAAGAAGGUCAAGACCCUUGCUGAAUCUGAUAGUGAAGAAGAGUCAGCAUCUGCUUGGGUGAAUAAGUCCCGUAAACUUAGUAAAGAAAAAGCUCUGGCUGAACAAAAGAGUAAGAUGUUGGAAGAAUUAGAUGCUCAGUUUGGUAUAGGAGCACUGGUAGAGCAAGACAUGACUGAAGAAAAGAUUAAAAAAUACAGCCGAAAGGAACUUUCUGGGUUGCGUGUGGAACAUGAUGUUUCCAGAUUUGAUGAAGGAAGAACAACUAUUCUUACUCUAAAGGACAGCAAUAUUCUUGACAAUGAAGAAGAUACUUUGGUUAAUGUCAACAUAAUUGAUGAUGAACGCGUUGAAAAGAAUCUUAAAAGGCGACGAAUGAAACUUGAUGAAGUUGAGUAUGAAGCACCAGAAAUGGAUGAAUAUGGGAAUUUUGUACAGAAUAAUUUGCUUACAAAAUAUGAUGAAGAAAUUUUGGGAGAGAAAAAGCAGAGCUUCCGACUUGGUUUAGGUGGUGAAGCAUUUGCAUCAAAUGAGGACAGUGGAUUUGCAGCAGUUCCAGAUAGUGUAAGGAAGAUGUCAAAAUUAAGAAAACUGCAGUCCUUGGAGGCUCCUCAAAGCCAGCUGGCAUCGGAAUAUCUCACUCCAACAGAAAUGGUUAGUUUCAGGAAGGUUAAGAAACCUAAGAAAAAGAAGAAGAAAAAACUCCAGGUGGAUGAUUUGGAACCCCUUGAAGAUGAAUCUCUUGUUCACUUGGGUUCUCAUGGAGCUAGAGAAGCUCGUAUAGACAGUUUAAUGGUUGAAAAUGAUGCUGUGCAACAAUCAAGUAGUGAGGCACCUCAGGGUGCUCCUCGCAUACACUCACUAAAGGAGAUGUUGGAAGAAGAGGAAGAGGAAGAUUUUCAAGUUAAAAUGGAAGUUGAUGGUCCCACUGAGGAUGCAGAAAGUGAACAGGAUGAUAUAGAAUUACAAGAGGCAUUAUCAAGAUCACGCAGGGCAAAAAUUGCACAUUCAUUACAGCCAAGUAGUGAAAAAAUACUAGAUAUGCUCAAAGGUAAAAGAGUUGAAGUAGAAGAUGAGGAAGAACCAAUGGAUGAAAGUUCUGGAGCCCUUUUGAUGACGCUAAACACAACUGAUGAGUUUUGUCGCACUCUAGGAGACAUACCAACUUAUGGCCUUUCUGGAAAUCGUGCUGAAGAGGAUCAGACUAUGCUGCAGCUGCAGCAACCUAAGGAAAAGGAACAGGCAGAGCGAAGAGGAGCCUGGGAAGAAGUUGGCAUUGAUGAUACACGUGUGGAAAUCAGUGACAACAUGACAACCCCAAUAUUGGAGGAAGAACCUGAUGCUAGCAAAGGUGUUGCAAAUGCCCUUAAGUUAGCCCUGAAAAAGGGUUAUCUUGAAAAGAAUAAUAUUACUAAAUCUGCCAAUGCAGCAUUGCAACACCUAAGAGCUAUUCAUUACAGUAUUGAAGAUAAGGCAGUGGAUGAUGAACGUGGUAGAGGCAGAGGAGAACGUUACAUGGGACCUGUCACUGAAUUUAAAGACAAAGAUGGAUAUAAACCGGAUGUGAAACUGGAAUAUGUCGAUGACGAAGGACGCAAAUUAAAUGCAAAAGAGGCUUUCAGGUAUUUGUCUCACAAGUUUCAUGGUAAAGGCUCUGGUAAAAAUAAGACAGAGAAGAGGAUGAAGAAAUAUAAUGAAGAGUUGUUGAUGAAACACAUGAGCUCAUCUGACACUCCUCUGCAGACACUGGAACGCCAGAGAGAAAAACAAAAGCAGUUGGGAGCAGCAUAUCUUAUACUGUCAGGAAGCAAGACUCAAGAAUCUAUGGAUGUGAAGAAGUAGCAUAAACUUUAGCAGUUUUACAGAAUUUAUUGUAAAUUUAUGACAAUUCUGACAGAUUUUGUAGUAUACAAGUUUCCUUUGAAUGCUUUAAGUAUACUACUGAUAUAUCUUGUUUUCUUUUAGCCCUGAAGGAAUUAGUGUAGUAAAUAUAAUUUAAAAAGGUC